ACAGUUGAACCCCGUUAUAAGAGGCACGGAUAUAACGGACAAUCGGGUAUAAUAGACACUAUUCGCACACAUGGUUGGCCGCCCUAUCUCUCCCAUUAAUUAGACCUCUCUUGUAAGAGACACCGGAUAUAGAAGUCAAUCGGUUGUAAAGGACAAGUUGUCCGUGAAUUUUGGUCAAUAACCUCGCUUGUAACAGACAUUCUAACCUUACAUGAAUGCACCGCCGGCCACUGACUGCAGUUACGUCCGUUGUGGAAGCAAAAGGAAGCGACAGACAUGCGCAUAGUGGAUCAGUCAGCAAAAAAUAAAAAAAAAUAAAAAAAAAACGGUUAAAAACCACUGCAAUGGGAAUGCUUCACUGAGAAGCACUUCAAGCUUACCGCCAAGCGUACAUAGCGCGCAACUACGCACCACAGUGAUCCGAUCAUAAAAGACGACGACACGCAAGCAUGCUCCCGGUGCGCAAGCAACGAAUCGGCUGUGACAAGACCGAAGGCCAGCGGCGCUUGGUCCUGUUCCCGCUAGAUUAAGCGGGCCCGCUUUAAAAAAACCAGGCCUCAACGUCUGUCUGGUUUUUCCUCGGCCAGAGGUACGAGUGCGACUACGCGUGCAGGCACUUGAGCAGGGCAAACUCUCGGAAUUGUUCGGUGACAACAAAACUAAGCCGCCGGCAUGGCGGCGGGCGCGCACGGAAAUACCGGAGAGUGGGAGAUAAGGGGGUGGCGAGGGGAGUGUGUUUGCGGGGAGAGGCGUGGAAAAAAAAAAGAAAGAUAUGACCUCCAAGAUAUGCGCCGGCGCGCGCAAAUCUCGGAGGUCAUAGAAGAGCGAGUUUUGCUUUCUCGCUCGCCUAAUAGAUGGCGGUAAUUGCCUCUGCCACCGAGUUUUUGGUCUGAGUAUGUUUGAAUACUGCUCACCCGUUACAAAGGGUACGGCCACAAGUUCAGUUCAGACCGAAGCGGCGGAGAUUCCGAGGUAGCUUGAGUGAGCUAGAAUCAGCAGAAAGCGUGACAAUAGCCAAGUCAAAAUAAAAACAAGCCGGUUGUCGUUAUGGGCGACAAUGGUCCGAGCAACAAAUCUCGAAGGCUAUGCUUUUAGAAAUCGUCUAUUUUACCCAUCAUUUUCACCAUUUAUACAUCCCUGUAUAUUUUUUUAUUUAGUUUCGUUAUAAUUUCUUGGUUUUGCGUCGCCCGGCAAGCCCGCAGGUGACCCGAUUAACCCUGUCCAUAGUGUAUAGCCAAAUCGGCAUCGCCAUCGCCCUAUUGUUCCAAUUUUUUUUCUUCGUGCGCUGUUGUGCGACUAUCCAUGUGCAACUGAUCUUCACGUGCUUCUUCGACGCGGAGAGCCGUUGCCUGCCUGUCACCGCAUCAGUAUGGAGAACAGCUCUGUCAAGCGCCGUACUUUCCUGACCGUCGCAAAAAAGUUGGACAUCAUUAUGGAUAUAAAGUGCGGAAUGAAGCAAGCUGACGCCGCCAGGAAAUUUGGGUUGUCCAGGAAGACAGUCGGCGGGAUUUGGACCCAACGAGAGAAGCUGUUAAAAGAAGCGCCAACCGGAGCAAGCAGAUCGAAACUGCGUAAGUCAUCUCAUCCUGACUUAGAAAAAGCGCUUCUUCUGUGGAUACAGGAUGCGAGGAGCAAGAACAUACCGCUAAGCGGACCUUUGGUUUAAGCCAGAGCCAGGCAGCUUGCGUUUGGCCUUGGCAUUGAGUUUAAGGCCAGUCAAGGAUGGUUCGACCGCUUCAAGCGUAGGCAUGGAAUCAGCUACAAAGCUGUUUGCGGCGAAAGCAAAGCUGCCGACGAAAAUGCCGUAAGGCAGAAGGCUUGCGAUGUCUUCAACCUGGAUGAGUCAGGAAUCUUUUUCAAGAUGCUUCCUGGAAAAACGUUUUGCCUUGCUGGCCAAGAUUGCAGUGGAGGCAAAAGGUCAAAAGACCGUAUUACAGCCAUGUUCUGUACUAAUAUGGACGGAACUGAAAAAGAAAAAGUUCUGGUUAUUGGCAAGUCCAAAAAACCACGCUGCCUAAAGAACUACUCUAUCAAUGUAGAGUACACUGCAAAUAAGGCCGCAUGGAUGACAGCUGAGAUUUUCAACAAAUGGCUUACUAGUUUUGAUCAGAAGAUGGCAAUGAAAAACAGAAAAAUUCUGAUGUUUCUAGACAGCUGUUCAGCACACAUGAAAGCCCCGCCAUUGAAAGCUGUCGAGCUGAGCUACUUCCCACCUGGCUGCACGUCUUUGCUACAACCUCUGGAUCAAGGGGUCAUAAGAGCUGUUAAAGCAAAGUACAGAGAACGGCUUGUUCAGCGGCUGCUGUUUGAUAUGCUGCAGAAGCGGGAAACAGUAAUCAACUUGAGGACAGCAAUUACAAUGCUGUAUGGCUCCUGGAACGACGUUAAGAGCAGCACUGUGAGAGGGUGCUUCCGUAAAGCAGGUUUUAAUCUGCAGCAGGAAGACACAGAAGAGGACACUGCAGAUGACGACAUUGAUUAUGUAGAUGAGCCAGAAUCUUGGCCAAUCAUUCAGAGAAACUUUAAUGAGUCGGGCACAUUUCAAGGCUUUGUUGAAGUGGAUGACAGUCUUGCUGUUACAGAAGACCUCUGUGAUGAGAAUAUAAUCAGGAUGGUGCAGGAAGAUGAGAAAAGUGAAGACAGUGCCACAGAUGUGUCUGACAACGAAAGUGAUUGUGCAGCACCAAUGACUUCUGGGGAGGUAAUGACAGUACUUGGCCGAGUUCGUCAGCACAUACAGCUUUGGACCAGUGAUCGUGAAGGAUCUCUCAGCCUUGUCACCAAGCUGGAAGAAGCUGUUCUGAAGAACACCGUCAAUGCAGCCAUGAAGCAAACCAAGCUUGAGAACUAUUUCACCUGUACUAACAAAGUUUAACAACAAAUGUCACAUAAUAAAUCUUUUUUCAACAUGUUAUAGCCUUCUUUUGUGCUUGUUUUAAUUGUACGGUGCCAAUAUCGAAAUAAGGGCGGGUUAGAAAAUGAGAACUUGGUACCCUGCUUAUAAGAGACCUCUCAUAUAAGAGACACAAACUGCUCCCCGGUACGUGUCUCUUAUAAAGGGGUUCA